UUAUGUCUUUUUCUUUAUUCCCCUUUCUUUCACGUCAUACAUGGCACCGACGAUUGUACACGCUCUUAUUAGUCACUCGAUUUAUAUUUGCGAGUAUCUUAUAUUAGAGAAAAUGAUGCUUUUUUCCUGGUGGUGGGCCCACCAACGGAGUUGGGGUUGGCGCAGCCAGGAGCCAGCUGGAGGGGGUGGGUAGUGAGUAAGUCAAGCGAGUCGGCAGGGCAGUCUCUGGUCUUCCUUUUCUCUUUUCCGUUCCGCCUCCCUUCUUCUUCUUCUUCAUUCAUGCGCCCAGAUCGAAUCGAACAACAAGAAGGAGAAGAAAGGUCCGAGCUUGAGCUUGGUCUUCCUUGUUAGGUGUUGUAGCAACACAAACACUAGUUGCUCUGCUCUAGCUUAGGAUACAUAUGCGGCGCCUGCUGCCCUGCUUCCAUGGAGAUGGAGGAGAGCAAGAGGACACUCCCAAUAUCGCCAUGGCGUACUCCACGAGCACCGCCACCGCAUCGUCAUCAACCGUCCCGUCUGGAGCCUCCGGUUCUAUCAACGCCUCCGACAUGAGCGUCGAGUCCAUGCAGCAGCGGCAGUACCCGAGCUUCGUGGACAGGCCGGCAAACCUGAGAGUCUUCUCCUUCUCCGAGCUGCGUGCCGCCACCCGCAACCUCAGCCGGUCGCUCAUGCUCGGCGAGGGUGGCUUCGGCUGCGUCUACAGAGGCACCAUCCUCAACGGCAGUGGCUCUGCUCAGGAAGAGGAGGUUGCUGUCAAGCACCUGAACCGGAAUGGACUCCAGGGGCACAAGGAGUGGCUGACGGAGGUGAACGUGCUGGGAAUCGUGGACCAUCCCAACCUGGUGAAGCUGAUCGGCUACUGCGCCCAGGACGACGAGCGAGGCCCGCAGCGUCUCCUCGUCUACGAGUUGAUGCCCAACCGGAGCGUCGACGACCACCUCUCCGGCAGAGCCAUCGGCACAACGCUCUCAUGGCGCACCCGCCUCAAGGUCGCCCUCCACGCCGCCAGGGGGCUCAGCUACCUGCACCACGACAUGGAUUUCCAGAUCAUCUUCCGGGACCUCAAGACCUCCAACAUCCUCCUGGACCAACACUGGAACGCCAAGCUCUCCGACUUCGGCAUGGCCAGGGAAGGCCCCACGGAGGGCCUCACGCACGUCUCCACGGCCGUCGUCGGCACCCUCGGCUACGCCGCGCCCGAGUACAUCCAGACGGGCCGCCUCACGGCCAAGAGCGACGUCUGGACCUACGGCGUGCUGCUCUACGAGCUCAUCACGGGACGCCGCCCCCUCGACCGCAACCGGCCCAGGAGCGAGCAGAAGCUCCUCGACUGGGUCAGGCCAUACAUCUCCGACACCACCAAGCUCAAGCUCAUCGUCGAUCCCAAGCUCGAGGGCAACUACAACAUCAGGUCCGUCGCAAAGCUCGCCACCGUCGCCAACCGAUGCCUCGCCAGGCUGCCCAGGGCGCGUCCCAGGAUGUCCGAGGUGCUCGACAUGGUGCAAAAGGCCAUGGAUGUCGAUCUUGCCACCAGCACCAGCGACCAUGAUCAGGCGCCUCUGCACUGCUACGGCGCCUGUGGGGAGGAAGAUGUGAAGCAGAGAAAGGGCAAGAAAGCUGGAUUAUUAUGGGUGUUGCUGGCCAGCUUGACAAGGUCCCGCCCAAGCUGAUCAUUCUCAAGCUCUACUCUCUUCUAAUUAGAUGUUGCUGAAUCCUAAUUAAUCUAGCCCAGUAUAGUUAGUAGUAUGAGUUUUUCCCCUCUUUUUUCUGAGUGACCAAUCAAUUCCAUCGGAAAGACUUCCUAGUGUGCGGUUUCAUCGGAAAGAUAUAAUGUUCAUGAGGUGAAUGAAUCAUAUAUGUGAUGAUACUCUCAUUGUUUUCAUUUUUCCUCUUCAUGGCGGCCAUGUCAUACAUCUCCUUUUUGUUGCAUUUUCUUUCUUU